CUUUUCUUUCAGCUCUGGCGCCCGCUUUGCUUGCGGAAGGAAAACUAAAACGUUCCUAAAACAUCCGCAUCCUCUGAGUAUUUGCAUCUUCUCCAAAGCUGUUCUAUAUUGCUCCCUCCGAACAUGAAAUAAAUAGUUCUUUAAGAACGUCGUCGUUAUUUCCUCUUUGGGUUGGAUGAUGAAGUCUGAUUGCGUUAUUCUUAAUAUGUUGUCAUUUGACAAAUGGAAAGGUUUCUAAUUUAUACUUCAAAUUUAAUCAGUCUUUUAUCAACUAAACUAAGUAAUAAACGCAUUUCUCAUUACUUUAAAGCCUUAUAAUAUUUUUCUUCCGCAAGUUACCUAAUUGAUGUCGAAUGAUUUCGUGUUCUUGUACGACGACACAUUGCCGCGAAGAAGGAACUCGAACAUGUAACACUACUGGCCUGUGCUUCAGUCAGUAUCUGGACCGAAGAGACGGUUCGGAUCCUCUCGUGAGAGGGUGCAUUGCCAGCAGGACUCCUCUCCUUUGCGAAAAUAGACGUCCUGCAGUACCUGACCAUAAGGGAUGGCCUGUACUUCAUUGCUGUGAUAAGCCCAUGUGCAAUGCAAGAAUCUCUCCAACUGUGCCCACAUCAACUAUUCCAAGUAGCUUAACAGGUAUUAGUACUACAACUGAUGUAACAGAAGCUCCACCCAUUGCCAAGUCAUCCCCAAAAUACAUGGACUCUGUAUAUGUGGCUAUUUUAGGAAUUGGCGUGUGUUGCUUAGGUGUUGCAACUGCCAUUGCUGUUCUUCUAUCCAGGCGGCAUUCCGGUCCCUAUGACCCAGAAUUUGGUCCGGUUAAUUCUAAUGGAUAUGUGAAAGGGUGCCCUGAAGUUCCUGCAGUUCCAGCUAGAGGACAAGAUAAUAAAGUUGCUAUGGAUACGUGACCAUUUUAGAAGCAAGCCCCUCUCGAUGAUGAUAAUAUUUUGGGGAGAGCACUAAUAUAUAUACUAUAGAAUUGUUCCGCAUAUUGAAAAUGUGCUCAUCAGAAUUUUUUUCACUAUAUUUCCUAUAUAAUGUUUUAUUCUCUUGGCAACAACAGGAGCAAUUUAAAAGAUAAAAAGAAGAGUGUAAUAUUCAAAGUAUUAGGAUCUCCUAAUGUGAUGAGUGAUUAUGACUUAAGUAAAGAAAUAUAUUGUGAAGUUCCUGUAUACACAUUCUCCCAAAGAGAUUGAAACUUUUGCCUACCGAUUUCAGAACUUACAUAUAUGACAGACACUUACGUCUCAAGGACUAUUCCUGGAAAUAUUUUCCAGUGAUACUCAUUAUUUGAUUUUACUUAUUUAUGAAUAUUUAUUUUUGCUUUCUCUUAGAUUUAUUUAUAUGUUAACUAGUACAAAUCUGACUAUUCCAGACAAUUUUAGAAGAAAGGUAUCAGUAAAAUGUAAUUAUUAAGUGUAGAUAAAAACCAUUGUACUUCUGUAUUUUCUGAACACUUUUGCACAACUUAUUCACAUAUCACCAUUUUAAUAUGAUAAUAAAAUCAGUAUUGUCACAUGUUAUGUUUUAUGAAACAAAUGAAAUUAAUUCAUAUGAACCUUGUUUGAAAUCUGGCAUCUUGACAGAUAUUAUUACAUUGGACUUUAGUGAUACAGUGUAUAAAAUCUUCACCAAUUUUUGUACAGUUAUAUUCAGUAAAAAAACAGUAGUGUUUAUUAAUUGUCUUAGUUUGCAUCUGAAUUAGUUAGUUUUGCCUGUGAUUGUUCUGCAAACUUAAAACAGCAUUGUGAAAAAUACUAGUAGGAACACAAAAUUUCGUAUGCUUUGACAUCAGUUAUCUAGUUAAACAUCUUUUAUGUAAUUGCACUGCAGCAUUUUUAAAUGUACCUAAUUUAGAUGUAUAUGUAUGUAAAAAAAUAUGAGACAGAGAAAGUGUGUGUGUGUGUGUGUGUGUGUGUGUAAUGUGAUUGGUAGUGUAUUGUGCAUAACUGAUCACAAAGCCGUCCUUUACUUAUUUUUAAUAAACAAGUUGACUGACAAAAAAAUUAAUAAACAUUACCAAAUAUUUUAAA